CACGUGACCAGACAGUCAGUUCUCUGAGGGAGAUAGAGAGAGCGAGUGGAACCGUGAGCUUCCCUCAGCCAGCGCUCCGGCACUCAGACAGCACGGACAUGGCGGACGUGUCCAAAAGAGUGUCCUGGUCAGGCCGGGAGCAUCCACAUCAUCAUCAACAACAGCCGCCGGAGGAGGAGGAGGGGGAGAGCACCCCGCUGCUGAAUGGCACCAACACAGGCGGAGCGCAGCAUGGCAGGUACUCCAGCCAAAGCUUUUUUCAAACUGGCCAGCUGAGCACGGUGGAUCUUGGCGAUGAGAAUAAUGAAGUGGAAACCGAACUUACUUCUAAGCUGGACAAAGAUGUAACACACACAGAGAAUCUAUUAUCCCUCAAGUAUGAGAGUUUGGAUUACGACAACAGUGAAAACCUGUUGUUUCUGGAAGAAGAACGUAGAAUAAAUCAUACGGCAUUUCGGACGGUGGAGAUCACGCGAUGGGUGAUAUGCGGCAUGAUUGGUAUCUUAACUGGACUCAUUGCCUGCUUUAUAGACAUCAUGGUUGAACAAUUGGCUGGUGUGAAAUACAAAGUGAUCAAAGACAAUAUCGACAAAUUCACAGAGAAAGGAGGGUUAUCGUUCUCGCUGCUCCUCUGGGCGACACUAAACGCUGCCUUUGUCAUGGUGGGCUCUCUCAUAGUCGCCUUCAUAGAACCGGUAGCUGCUGGCAGCGGCAUCCCCCAGAUUAAAUGUUUUCUGAACGGCGUCAAGAUUCCCCAUGUUGUCAGACUCAAGACAUUGGUGGUAAAGGUUUGUGGAGUCAUAUUCUCUGUAGCAGGAGGACUUGCAGUUGGAAAGGAAGGUCCAAUGAUUCACUCCGGGGCUGUUGUUGCAGCUGGUAUUUCUCAGGGAAGGUCGACCUCUCUGAAGAGAGACUUUAAGAUCUUUGAAUACUUUCGCAGAGACACCGAAAAAAGAGAUUUUGUGUCUGCGGGAGCUGCAGCUGGUGUGUCUGCAGCGUUCGGGGCUCCAGUUGGUGGCGUUCUUUUCAGUUUGGAGGAAGGUGCUUCUUUUUGGAAUCAGCUUCUGACAUGGAGAAUAUUCUUUGCGUCCAUGAUCUCAACCUUCACGCUGAAUUUCGUGCUGAGUUUUUACAACCAGAAACCGGGGGACCUUUCCAACCCAGGUCUGAUUAACUUUGGGAGAUUUGACACUGAUGAAAAUACUUACAAGUACUUUGAACUCCCCAUUUUUAUAGUAAUGGGAGCAAUAGGUGGGAUGAUUGGAGCUUUAUUCAAUGCUCUGAACAACUGCCUGACUGUUUUCCGGAUCAGGUAUCUUCACCGUCGCUACUUACAGGUGAUUGAAGCCAUGUUGGUGGCAGCUGUUACAGCCACCGUAUCCUUCGUCAUGAUCUACUACUCCACAGAUUGUCAGCCGCUGCGUGAGGAUGCCGUGGAGUACCCCCUGCAGCUGUUCUGCGCUGAUGGGCAGUACAGCGCCAUGGCGUCUGCCUUUUUUAAUACGCCGGAGAAAAGUGUACGCAGCCUCUUCCACGAUCCUCCAGGUACUUUCAACCCCCAGACGCUGGGCUCAUUCACUCUGCUGUAUUUCUUCUUGGCGUGCUGGACGUACGGCCUGACUGUGUCGGCGGGAGUUUUCAUCCCAUCCCUUCUGCUUGGAGCCGCCUGGGGCAGACUUUUUGGGAUCUUCCUAACGUAUAUUCCAAAUUCUACAUGGGCUGAUCCUGGUAAAUACGCUCUGAUGGGAGCAGCAGCUCAGCUUGGUGGGAUUGUAAGGAUGACGCUAAGUCUCACGGUCAUUAUGGUGGAAGCUACAGGAAACGUCACCUAUGGUUUCCCAAUUAUGCUGGUCCUCAUUACGGCUAAAAUAGUGGGCGAUAUUUUCAUUGAGGGUCUUUAUGAUCUUCACAUUAAGCUGCAGAGCGUCCCGUUCCUGCAUUGGGAAGCCCCAGUUACAUCUCACUCCCUAACUGCCAGGGAAGUGAUGAGCACACCAGUCACCUGUCUGCAUAGGCGUGAAAAAGUGGGAAUCGUUGUGGACAUCCUAAGUAACACUGCGUCCAAUCACAACGGCUUUCCUGUGAUUGAAAAUAACGGCGAAACUGGACAGCCGUCCAGGUUAUGCGGUUUGAUCCUACGGUCCCAGCUGAUUGUUCUGCUCAAACACAAGGUUUUCGUUGAGAGGGAGAACAUGAGCAUGAUCCAAGGGCGCCUGACGCUAAAGGAUUUCCGAGACGCCUACCCACGCUUCCCGCCAAUCCAGUCUAUCCAUGUGUCGCAGGAUGAGAGGGACUGCCUCAUGGAUCUCACGGAGUUCAUGAACCCUACUCCCUAUACUGUGCCCCAGGAAGCAUCUUUGCCUCGGGUAUUUAAAUUAUUCCGUGCCCUUGGCCUAAGGCACCUUGUCGUGGUUGACAACCGUAAUCGAGUGGUUGGUCUGGUAACUAGAAAAGAUCUUGCUCGGUACCGAAUAGGAAAGCAUGGUUUGGAAGAAAUAUCGUUGGCACAUACGUGAUUUUGCACCAUUUCCCCCCUUUUUCUUGGAAAUGAAGCUGUGUUCUGGGAUGGCACUGCCAUGUUUACGGCCUCCGUGGACAAGGGUGGAUUGACGGCUUGACCUACCAGACUACUUUGCCAUGUAUUAGACCCUUGCGGCCAGAGCAGUUUGCUCCUUGAACCUCUGUUAUCAAAAGGGUUAAAGGUUACAAUAUUUUUCAAUUCCACUGACCCUAUGCUGCUCCUCUCUAAACCAGCUCUCUGAAAAUUGCCAUGAUGCUGCUGAACAUAAUCGAUUUUCUUUUGCAAGUGAGCCUCCCUUCUGGAAUUUGGACCUCUAUUUACAUGGAAUCCGGUCUCCGAGCAUUCUUCGAACUUGAUGUCCUGAAAAUGGCAUCCAGAGUUUGAAUCCUAAAUUGGUCUUAAAAUGAUAAUAAUAAAGUAAAUGCUCUCUCUUUCACUGAUAUACCGGUAUAUAUUUUGCACUGAAAUCUGACUUUUUUAAAAAUAUAGAACCAAAAUAAAAUGAUAGGAUAUGGACUUCUCAUUGUACCGAGGAUUCUCUGUAAUUGUUGUUAGGCGAUGCUCAGGUAAUACAGGAUAGGUUUCUUUUUCACUUAAGCUACAUUUGUAAACAGUUUAGAUCAUUAGUAUUUCCAAAAUGUGUCCGCUAUGCAUUCAGACCCCUGGGCUAUUUAAGAUACUGUGAUGGUAUCUGCGUUAUUUUUAAACCCCCAGAGUUUAAACAGAUACAUACGAUUGGGCUACCUCUCUGACUGUCCGUUAGUGUUAACAAACCUCCACUGAUCUGGCUGUGUAACAAAACGAACGUUCACUUUGUUUUAACAGAUACAAAGCUUUCUGCAAUCUAAUUCCUUACCCUCGGUAACAAUCUGUAACUUCUCAAUUACACAGCUUGCGUUCUAAGUAAGGUACAUUGCUGACAAACAAGAUUUAAUGUAAGCAUUUCCUGCCUGGGCAGUGGUAGGAGAACAUGCAGUAACAUAAUAAACUGUAAACUUUGAGAGCAGUGAACUGUUUUCAUGUUAAACUAAUACUUAAAUAAAUCUGUUUAAACUGUAUGCCAAGUAAAAAAUAUUCUGCUUGACCCAACGGACGCCUUAUAAGAUGAUCCAGUAUGCUGUAUACCAAAUAUCCCAUUUAUAAACAGGGUACUCACUGUGUAUUUUCACACCUGUUUACAUGCAACUAUUCUUAUGCCAAUGUGCAUAGCUGAGAGACGCAUUUAUAAUGUUGUUUAAAGUACAGGAUUUUUUUUAAUUUAGACUUUUCAGGGUUAGUUUUUUAUUUUAUUUAUUUUUUCUAACCUCAGCUGCUGAUUACGUGCUGAAGUGUGAAAUGAACAAAACGCCUACUGGCAAGUGGCUAUUAUUUUUAAUUGGUUUGAGGUGUCUGACUGCAGUACAGUCAUUUCACCAGUAGGCUGCACUGCAGAUUUUGAAAACCUAUAUUUGAAUAAAAAAAAAUAAAAAAAUCUUGGAUCAAAAUAAAGGCUGUAAUAUAAAAACAAAAAUAGUGAAUUGAGAUAAUGUUAAUCCUGAAGUUGCGAUGAGAAGUGUUUAGACCUGUUUUGAUUGUCCUAAAAUAUUGGUUCAUUUUCUCAAGUCAUAUCACAACAGAAAUAAAAUAAUCUCUGUGUAUUUUAUGCAUCGUACGGUCUUGUUUAAUCAUAACCUGUAAACUACUUUCAGGACCCAUUUUAUAUUCUACUAUCACAAUCUGACCCUUAAAGACCUGAUGUCUGCAUGUAAUUUCUGUUUAUAUAAACCUAUUGGCCCACAAUGCACUGCUGUUAAAUAAUUUAGAUGUUCCAUCUGAAAUUGAAACCUUAAACAGAUUGUUAUAAAUGCAUUGUCUGUCAUGUGUCCCUAAAAGGGAUCUGUCACUUCCUGGGAUUUUCAAUAUUCUGUUUACUUUUCCCUAUACAUAACAAAAGUAUAUUUGAUGUGGAGUGUAAAAUAAAGUGAAACGUAGAAUUCACCCCUCUUUAUACUGCAAAUGGGCUCCAUCUAAGCUCCCUGUCAAUCAUUGCUAUAAGCUCCACCCUUUACACCUGGCAGUCAGCAUAGAGAAAUUAAACAAUGUAUCUAUUUGUCCUCUUCAUUUGCAAUAUGUGCCCUGGCUGUGCCUUGUCUGAACUGGAUUAUGAUGUAGUUUUGCUAAAUCUAUAAUAUAUAUGUAAAAAAACACAAGAUUUACAGGUGAUUUUUCAAUGUUUUUGUCUACUGUGUCCAUUCCAGUGAAGUGUCAGUUCCCCUUUAACCUGCUACAGCUGUAAUGGGAUUGACCGGAUGGAUGCUCCAGUCUAGUUCUUUGGGUGGACUAAUGUGUGCAGAGGUCAUGUAAAGGUGUGUGAAUAUUGCAUUUCCGCAUCGCUAGCAGGUGUGCUUGGUACUUUAGAGAUUACAAUUGCUGUAGACAGGCGGUACAGUAAAUGCAGUCAGUAUGCUGGCAUUAUAAGAGAUGGUACAGUUUGUGUUAUGUAUUGUUGGAGUGGGGUGUCUGUACGCUGCAAGGGUUACACUGUCAGUGGAUAUUGAAGGAGUCUGGGAAAGAAACGAUGCAAUAAAUGGAACAAGUUAAAUCUGUUGUGUUUUAUGAAUGUAUUGCUUCGUUUAAAGUGUUUUAUCUGUGGAUUUAUUGAGGCUUGUAGUUUGAUUGGGUACAGGUAUGUAGAAAAUGUUGGUGGAGUUUCUUUUUAAUUAACCCCUUAAGGACACAGGACAUGUGUGACAUGUCAUGAUUCCCUUUUAUUCCAGAAGUUUGGUCCUUAAGGGGUUAAAGGAGAGUAUAAAGACUAUGUGGGUACAUGAAAAUACAAGUGAUUCGUCUGAAUAAAAUGGCUUUUAGACGACGAAUGAACAAAUUCAGAAAUUUGGUUCGUUCAUAAACUCACCGAAUCGCCUGUUGCAAAAUACUUUUUUCGGCUAUGGGUUAAAAUUAUUUUAAUAAGGUUAAUUGAUAAAUGAACCAAAUUUCGUAAUUGAUCCUUUUGACAACUGCCAGGCAUUUUAUAUGGACAAAUCACUUAAACACGUCUAAAAUGGCGGGUUACACGGUUCCCAAGCAUUUUGCAAAUCACACCAAAUGUCCAGGAUUUGUCAGUAUCCCUAUCGGAACAGCAUAUAGCUUGAUCGCUCGAACACUUCAAUCUACUUGGAUACAGUAAACAAUAGCCUUUAUUCCAGUUUCACAUUCGGACUGGGGCAUGCAAGGAGGGGAAUCAUUGAUCAACACAAAUACCAGCUACACAUUCCUGUUAUGUAAAUUUCCUGCAUUUAGAUAAAUGUCUGACACCUCAUCCAUGACUGUUAGAUAACUGCUAAUUUCUUUUAAUUGAUAGUGCAUUCUUCUAUACUACUUUUGACCUGGAAUUUUAUAAUUUAACCCUUGCACUCUGCUGUUAGAUUAUCUGUACAGAAUAUUUGUGUUAUGUUAUUGUUUGGUCUGAUGUAUAAAAUAUUCACUUUGUGUUUUCUUUGGUUUGGAGUUUGCAAUAAAGUAUGAAGAGCUGACAUUGAAAUAUAUAAA